CUCCCUCCCUCUCUCCCCUUCUCCCUCCUGCUCUCCUCCUCCCUGCAGCGCCACGCCGGCUCCCCAGCCCGGUCGGCCGAUCGCGAGCCGCUGAGAGUUUGCCGAGCCGCCCCCCUGGGGCCCCGCGCCGCCGAGUCCCGCUAAGGCGAAGACGCAAGCAGGCCGGGGAGAGCGCGGAAGAAAAACAAGCGGGCGCGCCGCGGGAGCCCCAGGAGGGCGGCCGGGUGGCGGCGGAGGGCGGACGGGGCGGGCCGGCGCCGACGGCCGGGGGAGCGCGCACGGGAAAGUUCGGCCCCGGCGGCCGCGCGCCUGCCUCGCGGCGCUCCGGGAGAGGAACUUGCCCUCCGCGCGGCUCGAGCGGCGAGCCUUUCCCACCCGAGAGCCGGCCGAGCGCGCCGCGGCCGGGGGUGGGCGGCGAGGCGGCUGGCGGAGGGCGCCGAGCGAGCGCGGACGCCGCGGGCCCCCAUGCCGGCGGCCAACAUGCUGGAGAACCUGCAGCCGCCCGCCCUGCAGGUGCCCGAGCCGCAGGGCGCGCCCGAGGGCAGCCCGCUCUGGUCCAGCUCGUCGACCCCCACGCUCCGCCGCCGGCGCUUCAAGAUGCGCCGCAUGAAGAACGUGCAGGAGCAGAGCCUGGAGGCCGGGCUGGCCCGGGACCUGCCCGGCGUCUUGGCCCCCGGCAAGGAGUUCCUGCAGCUGCCGUCCAUCGAGAUCACGCCCUCCAGCGACGAGGACACCCCGUGGUCCAACUGCUCCACACCCAGCGCUUCCCCGCGCCGAAAGCGCUUCCUCCUCCGCAAGUGGCUCAGGGUGAGGGAGCGGAAGGAGUGCAGUGAAAGCAGCAGCCAGCAGAGUAGCCAGCAGAGCAGCCACGACGAUGAUUCCAGCAGGUUCCUGAGUCCUCGAGCGCGGGAAGAAAGCACUGCCAGUAACUCAAACCGCAGCACGCCGGCCUGCUCCCCCAUCCUCCGGAAACGGUCUCGCUCGCCAACCCCGCAGAGCCCGGACGGAGACACCAUGGUGGAGAAGGGCUCAGACCACUCCUCGGACAAGUCCCCGUCCACGCCGGAGCAGGGCGUCCAGCGCAGCUGCUCCUCGCAGUCCGGCCGGAGUGGCGGCAAAAAUUCCAAGUCUCACAAGCGCCUCUCAAAAUAUGACAGACUUAACCUGAUCAAAAAAAGCCAGAGUUGGUAUAACGUAUUAAGCCCAACUUACAAGCAGAGAAAUGAAGACUUCAGAAAGCUCUUUAAGCAACUUCCAGACACGGAGCGCCUCAUUGUUGAUUACUCAUGUGCACUCCAAAGAGACAUUCUUCUUCAGGGCCGACUCUACCUCUCUGAAAAUUGGAUCUGCUUCUACAGCAACAUCUUCCGCUGGGAAACUCUGCUGACUGUCCGUUUGAAAGACAUCUGCUCCAUGACUAAAGAAAAAACAGCCCGCCUCAUUCCCAAUGCCAUCCAAGUUUGCACUGACUCAGAAAAGCACUUUUUCACUUCAUUCGGAGCCCGGGAUAGGACGUACAUGAUGAUGUUCCGGCUCUGGCAGAAUGCACUCCUCGAAAAGCCCCUCUGUCCCAAGGAGCUCUGGCACUUUGUUCACCAGUGCUAUGGGAAUGAAUUGGGCCUUACCAGUGAUGACGAGGACUACGUGCCCCCCGAUGACGACUUCAACACUAUGGGCUACUGUGAGGAGAUCCCCGUGGAAGAGAAUGAAGUGAAUGACAGCUCGUCGAAAAGCAGCAUCGAGACCAAGCCAGAUGCCAGUCCUCAGCUACCCAAGAAAUCCAUCACCAACAGCACGCUGACAUCCACAGGGAGCAGCGAAGCCCCCGUGUCGUUUGAUGGCUUGCCCCUGGAGGAGGAGGUGCUGGAUGGCGAUGGGUCCCUGGAGAAGGAGCUUGCCAUUGACAACAUCAUCGGGGAGAAGAUGGAGAUCAUCGCACCUGUGACCUCCCCGUCGCUGGACUUCAAUGACAACGAGGACAUCCCCACCGAGCUCAGUGACUCUUCCGACACCCAUGAUGAAGGGGAGGUCCAGGCCUUCUACGAGGACCUGAGUGGCCGGCAGUACGUGAAUGAAGUCUUCAACUUCAGUGUGGACAAGCUCUAUGACCUGCUGUUCACCGACUCGCCCUUCCAGCGGGACUUCAUGGAGCAACGGCGGUUCUCCGAUAUCAUCUUCCAUCCAUGGAAGAAGGAAGAGAAUGGCAACCAGAGCCGAGUGAUUCUCUAUACCAUCACCCUCACCAACCCUCUGGCUCCUAAAACUGCCACUGUCAGGGAGACACAGACCAUGUACAAGGCGAGCCAGGAGAGUGAAUGUUACGUGAUAGACGCCGAGGUCCUCACGCACGACGUGCCCUACCAUGACUACUUCUACACCAUCAAUCGCUACACCCUCACCCGCGUGGCUCGGAACAAGAGUCGACUCAGGGUCUCCACAGAGCUGCGCUAUCGAAAACAGCCUUGGGGGUUAGUGAAGACCUUCAUCGAGAAGAACUUCUGGAGUGGGCUGGAGGACUACUUCCGCCACCUGGAGAGCGAGCUGACCAAAACGGAGAGCACCUACCUGGCUGAGAUGCACAGACAGUCUCCCAAAGAGAAGGCCAGCAAGCCCCCAACGGUACGGAGGAGGAAGCGCCCCCAUGCUCACCUGCGGGUGCCUCACCUGGAAGAGGUGAUGAGCCCCGUCACCACACCCACUGAUGAAGAUGUGGGCCACAGGAUCAAACACGUGGCAGGUUCCACGCAGACACGGCAUGUCCCCGAGGACACCCCUAACGGCUUCCACCUGCAGAGUGUGUCCAAGCUGCUGCUGGUUAUCAGCUGUGUUCUGGUGCUGCUGGUCAUCCUUAACAUGAUGCUCUUCUAUAAACUCUGGAUGUUGGAAUACACCACCCAGACCCUCACUGCCUGGCAGGGUCUGAGGCUCCAAGAAAGGGGUCUGGGAGCACAGGAGAGUCCACUGAGCAUAACUCCAGCUGCCAGGCUCCCCCUUCUUCUACCCCACAGGUUACCCCAGUCUCAGACAGAAUGGGCCCAGCUCUUGGAGUCCCAACAAAAGUACCACGAUACUGAGCUCCAAAAAUGGAGGGAGAUCAUCAAAUCCUCAGUGAUGCUUCUUGACCAGAUGAAGGACUCUCUCAUCAAUCUUCAGAAUGGCAUCAGGUCCCGCGACUACACAUCAGGAAGUGAAGAGAAGAGGAACCGCUAUCACUGACCAGGCAGGAGCAGGGGUGGCUGCAAGAGGCCUGUGCAAUACGUGUACAUAGACCAUAUAAAUAUAUAUAUAUAAAUAUAUAUAUAUACAGAAUAUAAAUAUAUAUAUAUUAUAUACAGAUUUUAAAAAGAGAUAAUGCCUAUGUACCAGGGAGAAGGAGCCGGACGGCCUCCUGUGCUGGCCGGGCCGAGGGGCCGAGGAGGGCAGGGACCACCUCUCAGCACCGACCUCCCCUGAUCCUCCUCCUCCCCAUCCCUUCCCCCACCCCCAACCCUUUCCCUCACUGGCCGUCCUUGGCUCUGAGAAGGGAAAUGUUGUUGAGCCAAAGUUAUGCCUGUGAAGACCCUGGGGUCUCGAAGUCUCAAGGGGGCAUUGCUUAAGGUGCUUCAUUCCCCAAUCCUCUUUUGAUUUGUCUCCAAAAUAAAAGAGAAUCUCCCCCCCCCCCCCCCCCCCACCCCGCGCUUCCCCAGGUGCUCUCUUGUGAACAGGAAGCAUCCAGGGCAGGAGCCCAAUCAAAAGUCUGCCACCUGUGGCCACGCCCCUUUCUGUGGACGCCACGCCCCCAGCCCGGUUGGGGGGUUGGAGGGCUGGGAAGGCUGUGCCUGCGUGAUUGGGCUUUGUAGCUGAAGGCUCCCCUGGGGACUUGUGUACCUAAGGGUGUUCUCCUCCAUCACCCCUGCACCUUCCCCUAACCCGUGUAGGGUGUGGACCCAAUAAGGGCUGGGAAUUUCUGACCUUCCCAUCCCCCUUCUCUCUGGUCUUCUCCCAGGCUGGAUCUGGGUGAAGUGUCACUUUUUAGUGCCUAAAGCCCUAUUUUUUCUCUGUGCCCUAAGAGCACACAUUGUUUAUUAGCCAGGAUGGAGCAUUUUUGAUCUUGUUAAACCCCUUUUUAAGUGGUUAUAAGCAAGGUGGGCCUGUGGCUCUAAUUCCUUCAUUUUGAGCUGUCCGUUUGAUUUCUGGGACGAUCCAGGGUGCCCUAGGGACGUCCGGGGUUUGGGAGAGUGAGUGCCCUCACAUUGUACAUAUUGUGGGUUCACACGGAACGCUGUGUAAGUAGUGAGCAACUUGGUGAGUGCUCACUUGGCUGCCAGCAUCGUUUACUCUAAGAGAAGAGCCAACUUUAGUCAAGGGAGACACUGGAGACCUUCUGCACAAGGAAGGAGACCUAGGCUUUUGGAAGGAAUACAUUUGGGAAACUUGCGUGCAUUUGUGAAGGAAAAGGCCUGAUUGAGUCUCUGCCCUUUGGAGGCCAUUCCAAAUCCUGUUUCUAAGACUUAGGAGAAUUCUGGUAAAGGGGGCAAAGCCUUCUCUGGUCUCUGGCCCCAGGGAGGUAGGAGAGCACUAAGGAGGAGAAAGUGAGUCAUCCAGAUCCAUUUUGGAGUUGGUUCACUAGGAUUCGUGCACUUAUCUGACCUCUAUCUGACCUCGUCGGGCCUUUGUAGCCACGAUUACCAUUUUUUAUUCACUAACUUCUAUUCUAACAUAUAAUGACCAGAGGGAUCCUGCCAGCCCCAGGCAGAGCUCACAGUGCUCAGUCAGGAAAGGAUCGUACCAGUUUGGCAAGGAAAGUUCUUUUAGAUUGCUCGAUAUUCUAGUGGGCCUCUUGAUGCGAGGGACGGAAGAAACGCAGGGCUUCUCACUAAUGUGGCCCAAAAGAAGGGCAAGUUGUGUUCUUCUCUUGGAAUGGCCGGAGCAUCCCACUUUUAUAAUCAAAGACAAGUUUUUGACUUUGUAGUCUGAGAAUAUGGCCUUAUUAUUGCCCUAAGAGCAGGAAUACAUGCCCCAGGGGAGUAGGCUGAGAAGGCUCCACAGAAUCAGCUAGAAUUGAUAUCCCUCCUCUAGAAAAGGAGAUGUGAGGGAUGGAGUUGAACAUAAUCCUUGGGAAGGGUGCAUAGGCCCACGGGUCAGUGGGUCACCACUCAUUCUUGUCCGGGGCUCUGAAUGGGAGACACCCUGGUGAGGGUCAGGGCUCGUGGGCCCUGGGCCAAAGGAGGAAUAGUGCAGACUGCUAGAAAUUUUCCUGGUGCAGUGGCCAGAAGCCAAAAUUAGUGUCAGAAACUUUUGAAAGCAAAAAUGGUAAAUUCUCUAACUUAAUCCAUGUACAAUUAUUUAUCUAAAUCCAUUCAAUUGUUGAAGGUCCCAUGGUGGGUCCUUUGGGGUGACUUACAAAGGGUUCUCUGCCGGCAGUAAAGCAAUACAAGUGGGCCUGGCUAUGCAGAGUUGCUCAGCUUUUGCUUUACCUCUUUGGCCAUUCCAGGGAGGAGUAGGUAACAGGGAGGGACGCAUUUAGUAUGUCCAAGGAAUUAUCAUGAUUUCUGGGGGUGUGAGCCCGGGAGACAGGGUCUACACACAGGGAACGUCCCUCCACCUGCCUCUUUCCUAGGAAUCAUGAUCUCUCUGGUGGGCCCUCUCUGAUAUAAUAAUGUUUUAAACCUUCAAACCAGGAGAAAGCUCAGCACCUCUGUUGACUCCCAAACAAAAGCUCCCCCCCUCCGCCUUAUUCAAUAGCCUGUCGAAGAAAAGGGAUUCAUCUUGCCCUUGCAGAUAAGUCUGGGAGUGAAACUGAUACAUAACAUUGCAACUCAAAUCCAGCAACUUUGAUUGAGCUGUCUACCUGGGAGCAUCCAAAGUACCACCCUUUCUGUUACUUCUUCCAGCCAGUGCUUUGUUUUUGUUCAUGUAAGAACUCUGGUCACAUAGGAGUCUUUAUGUGAGGAUUCCUGUUGUAACAAUUGAGAGCUUGUGCUCAAAGAUUUUGCAAAGUUUCUAACCAGGUGGCAAACAACUACUGGGUCUAUACUUCCAACUGCAGUGUACUUGAAGGGAUUAAGAUUGGCCUUGGAGAAUCCACUCGUGUCUACAACUCGUCCGUCCCCCGUCCACCUCCCUGGCACAGGGGCAACAAGACCGGCAACCUGAAGCUGUCUGUAAGGGCACUGGGCUGAGUCAGGAGACCUGGGCCCGAGGCCUGGCUCUGCUCUUAGACAAGUCCCUUCCCCUUUCUGAACAUCAGUAUCCUCGUUUGUAACAGGAAGGGGUGGGUAGGCUAGACUGUCUCGAAGAUAGGUUCUCGCUGAGCAUUGUCUUGGAGGCUGGGUCAGAGACUGGCAAGGCAGGGCUUUCUCAAACGUGGAAGGUGCUCUGCCAGAAGAGAACAAGCGUCUGGGCUAGAGCUUCCCUGGUGUUUAGAGGGGUAGUAGGACAGCAUCAGGGUUCCCAAGAAAUCCAGGGUAGUUAACUUUCUUCUUUAUGGGCUGGCAGGACUAGGGAGGCCUAGUGAGGUAGGGAAGGGGAGAUCAGGUUUGUCGUACUUCCCAGUAUUAACCUAGGAGGGUGGUUCUUCCUUUGUUGGCUUAGUCUUUGUUUGGGAAGGGACUUUCUCUAAGUUGGGAGGAGGAUAAUGGCAAGAAUGGCACCAUCUUGGAUUGAGCUCAUCUUUCGUCUCUAGGCUAUAAAGCCUUUCAUCUGUCCAUCCUUCCUCCUCCUUGCUAGAAGAAACACUGGAGAGAAGCCAUUCCUGGCCCUAGCACUUCUCUUUUGGCUCAAUCCAAACCUUGUUGGGUUUUAGAUUAAUUGUGAACCUUUGGCUAAAAUCCUUGGGUUGCUUUAGAGCACUGACCCUAAGAAUCUGGGAUUUUAGGAAGGGGGAGGGGGAUCAAGAAACCUCAAAGAGGAAUGCUUUGCUAGAAAUGGCUUCCCUCUGUGUCCCUCUCCCUGAUCCAUGCUUGAACCAUGUCUAAAUCAUUUGUGGACAGCAUUUCUAGGGUGAAAUCUUGCAGAAAGGACUAGGGGAAGACUCUUUCUAGACUAUUUGUGGUCCCAGAAGGAUGCUUUCUGUGCCAUACUGUGCUGUUGCUUUAGCUCUGCAGGGCAGCCAAAGCCAGCCCUUCCUCUCUAGGACCCCCAGGUGGCAGGGCUGUGGUCUCCCUCCCCACACCCCCGGACCCCACCGCCCCACUCCAGUCGGAAACUUGAGAACCUGGCUUCCUAACUCUCUCCUCCCCCACCCUUUGUCUCUAGGCUGUGGGACAAUCAUCCCAUCCACCACUUGACAUCCUUGACCCUCGUCCCCCAGCCUCCAGCAGGCUAUCCCCACUCCCUCCACCUCUAUGUUUUCUUCCAGAAGAUGCGUUUUGGGUCCGAGUGGAGCGAUUUUCUGGAAGGCCGUCUUUUUAACGCCCCUGCUUCCCUGAUGUGGAGCAGGGAUUUGCACAAGGUGUAGAGAGCUCCCUCCCCACCUCUCUGCCCAGCCUUGUUACCUCACUCCUGCUCCAGCCAUGGCUGCAAUGGGCCCAGCCAGCUCCCUGUCUUGGUGUUCUGUACGACAGCUCAGGGGUCUUGGGCAUUGUUUUCUGUUGUGACUUGAGGUCCUCAGCAGGCCUGGGAGCCUGGAUUGGAGCCUUGGCUGCUGGCGAGAAGCACCUUGCCUGCCAAGAGGAGCUGAUGCCAGACGAUCUACCCGACAUGUGAAAGCAUAAAGAAUAUUGUCAUCUCUGCCCCUUGGCCCCCUUGCUUCUCUCGACACAGUGAGACGCUGCAGAAGCAAAAUGGCGGCCUCUGCUCCAGGCAAGACAGCUGGCUGUCUGGGGAGUUGGCCCUGGGCUUGGAUGCCACGUGCUGAGAUCGCGUAACAAAAGCAACCAUAUUUGCCAACGGUAGUGUGUGGCUCCCCACAUUUCCCUAUCCUGCACUCUAGGGCCAGACCACUCUCUGCAUGGACCAGAUCAUCUUCCCAAACCCAUGGUGCUUUUCCCCCCACUCAGCCUAGACUUCAAGGUGGGGAGGAUGGGUCAGAGGCCAUAGUGGCCCCUGGAUAAUCCUGACAAGGGGUGGAGUGGGGUGAGGCAGAGGGAGCAGCCCCCAACACCUGCACUGGGCCAUAUAUGGGAAAGAACACAGGUUGAUUGCAGUCGAGUUGUCUGGCCAUCUGUAUUUGGAUCUGUAACUGUACUUUGCCUGGCGCUGUGCGCAAGGUCUGAAAACUUAACUGCUAUUACCUAGAAACCAUACACGGCUUCCCAGCCAAAUCUUAAUGUAAAGUAGCUAGAGCCAUGGAAGUACAGAAUGAAUUAAAAGAAAAAAGUAUUGAACUACAAAUAAUAAAUGGUGUGUGUGUUUAUUGCUGGA